GAAAAGAUUUUAAAUUAUUUUGAAAAGUGUGUUGCGUUGCUUGGUGUUUGCUAAACGGGAUUAUUUAACGCUGUGACCGUAAAAUUAAAUUCAAAUAUAUUUCAAAUAGAAAAAAUAUUAAAUUCAAAGUGGAAUUUUACUAAAACAAAAAAUCUUAUAAGAAAAAAUUUUUUUAACAAAAAUGAGGGGUUCUGGCCAGGAACCCUUUACGAAGUUGUAAAAAAAAGUUUGAAUAGAAAUAGAAAAGUGCAUUUCCAUUUAUAAAUAAAAUAAGUUAAAAUUAAAUUUGUUUUAUAUAUAUAAAAUUAUAAAAAUUUGAGAAAAAAUUAAGUGAAUAUAUAGAAUUUUUUAUGGGCAAUCAACAGGGAAAAUUACAACACAAUCAAAGUGGCCGACCUAAGAAAAAUGUCCAUUGGAAAUCAGCAGAACGUCCAUCGCCACCCGGACGUCCACUAUUAAUUCCACUUUCCGAUCUUCAACCGGAUGUCGUUAACCUACGAUGGGAACGUCCAAGACUUGAUGGAGGUUCUCCCAUCACCGGCUAUGUGGUCGAACAUCGACGCAUGGGUUCACCGCAUUGGGUGAAAGCCACACCAAUACCCGUAACGCGUUGUGAUGUCUCGAUAAGCGGUCUAGAGCCCGGUUGGCGUUAUCAAUUCCGUGUUUUUGCCGAAAAUAUUGUGGGUCGUUCGGAGCCGAGUGAAUUAUCCGAUAUACUCACGGUCACGUUACAACGCAACGCCAUAAGUGUACCACGCUUUUUAGACGAACUACAAGAUUUACACGCCGUCGAAGAUGAACGCAUAGAGUUUCGGGUGAAAUUCAUGGGUCAACCGCCACCCGAAAUUAAUUGGUUCAAGGAUGGCUACGAAAUAUUCAGUAGUAGACGAACGAAAAUUGUAAACGAUACCGACGCUAGUGUCUUGAUUAUACAUCAGGUGGCUUUGACCGAUGAGGGCGAAAUCAAGUGCACGGCGACAAAUAGAGCCGGUCAUGUGAUAACCAAGUCCAGGCUUUUUGUACAGGCACCACCCAAGAUUAGACUACCGCGAACCUAUGAGGAUGGUCUUAUAGUAGAAGCUGAGGAAGCUUUACGCCUUAAGGUGGGCAUAGCCGGCCAACCACCACCUCAAGUAACCUGGCUACAUGAGGGAGAAGUCAUACAAAAUGGUGGACGUUUUGAAAUUAUUAACUCUGAGAAGAAUUCAAGGUUGAAAAUUGAUAAUGUUCAAAGAGAUGAUAGAGGAGAGUAUAGCAUUAAGGCUACCAAUAAAUUGGGCGAAGAUAUCACCUCAUUUUUGGUUACAGUAACAGCACGCCCAAAUCCUCCCGGCAAGGUAAGACUAAAUAUGUCUUUCGGCAAAUCGGCCACCCUGUCUUGGACAGCUCCCAUAGACGAUGGCGGUUGUAAGAUCGGAAACUAUAUAGUGGAAUAUUUUCGCAUCGGCUGGAAUGUUUGGCUCAAGGCAGCUACCACACGUUCUCUCAGCACUACAUUGCAUGAUCUUAUAGAGGGUUCUGAGUAUAAAUUUCGCGUCAAGGCAGAAAAUCCUUAUGGUGUAAGUGAACCCAGUGAGGAGUCUGAUGUUCUCUUUAUACCCGAUCCCAAAAGAGGUAUAACCAAACCUAAGUCGGAAAACCAAUUAGACGAAGAGAAAAACAAGCCAGUACCACCACGUAGAAAGACAUUGUCGCCGCCCAGAGCUAUGGCGGAUGCUGCUACUGAAACUUUGCUUAAGUUUUCACCAAAAAUGGAGCGUAAAAUAAGACCCCAGGUAUUGGAUACGGAAGAUUUACUGCAAGAAAUGUCCUAUGGUACUCCCGAUGCAAUGCUGAAACUGGAUGUGCGUAAAAGUCCUUCACCUUAUAAUAGGGAAGACAAACCGACAGGUAGUCCUAAUAAACUGAAAGUACAUGUCAAUAAGGCACCGGAGCCUGAAAGAAAAUCUCCUCAACGCUCUCCAAAUGCAGAUUCAGCCAAGAAAUCCCCAUUAUUGCAAAGCAUUUUAAAGACGAAGGAUAAGUCACCAUCACCUCUGCCUCUUAAGCAACCAACUCCACCUGUAGCUGAGAAUAACACCAUUUUUGAUUUUAUGAGUCCACGUAAACGUAGUUUGAGUUCAGAGUUUGAAGAACCCCAACAGCAACGUAAGAACUCUUUGCCCUCUACACCCGAGGCAAUACGAGGCACAGCGGCCUUGCAGCGCAGUACCGAACCAGUGGAAUUGGGCGUUAACCAACAGGUCAGACGUUAUUCGAACCAUGCUCUAAGUCCAGCACGUAAUGUACCCGCCCUGACGGUGGCCAUAGCUACCAGUUCUUUGGGCAUGGCGGUGGAAACGAAUAAAAACCACAAUGGUAAUAAUAACCUUACCGCCAAUGGUAAUGGCAGACAUAGCAGUACUCCUACCAUUGAAAUUAGUGCACCACCAAAUACCACUAAUCCUCUGACACCAGAAUCACCACUGCCUUCAGCAGCUUCACCUUUAAGUUCCCCUAUGAUGGCAUCGAAGAAUUCAGGAAAUAAAAUGUCCCAUACCGACAGACAUGAUGAUGUUCACACUAGCAACGAAUUCAUGCUGGUGGUAUUCGACAAGAAUAGCAAAGUUAAGGAUAAAGACAAGCAAGAUUCCUUCGAAUUGGAUCUAGAGGAUGCCAUACAACCUCCCCCUAUCUCCAUUUCGGCUCCUGAUUUAGCUUUAUUGGAAUACUCCACCCUGCAUACCUUCCCCAUGAGACGCUCCGUUAGCUCAACGGAACUACUGUAUGAAAGAGCCAUGGCUCGCUUUUAUGAAGCCGUAGAAUUGGAGGAAGCUGAAAAAGCUCGAAAAUUAAAAAUAUCACAAGAUAAAAUAGCUACACCCAGCAAUGUAGCGCCAAUACGUAAACGUUUGGGUUCUAUGACCGAAGCGGAACGUUUAUCCUUUGAAAGGCGCAGUGAAUUAAGAAGACAAUCAGCCGAUAUAGCACAAGAUUUAAAGGCCAUACACAAGUGGAGUUCCAAAGAGAAUAUAGCUGAGUUAAAACCUUUAUCUCGUACUGCUCCUAUGCUGUCACGCAAACGUCAAGAGAGUCAAGAGAGUGAAGAUUUUAGCGAUGAUUUCCACACCAAAAGUGCUCCUUAUAGAGAGGAGAGUUUUGAAUUGGGUUCCGACUAUACAGAAAGUACUGCUUCCUCGGAUAAUGAUUCGAUUGAAAAGUUCAAAAUGGAACUAAUGGCCAGAACACGUUCACCAAGUCCACGCGAAUUGGAAACCUAUCAUCCACGCAACAUGUCAGCUGGGGUUUUCACUCCCUAUCGUGCUCCCACCCCAGAUGAAGCAGCAUUGGUGCUAACACGACCAGUACCAUUGCCUAGUCCGGACUUUGUACCCAAGCCUAUACUCAAAAGACCCUCUAAGGAAAAUGUUUUGCAAACUGACAGCAGCAAUGGAAAUAGUCCAGCCAUUAAGCAGGAUAACAAUCCCCUAAGUGAUAAACUGGAUAUAGCUAAAGGUAUUAAGUCAUUCUUUAAACGGGAUAAACGUUCCACCACCGAAAAGAAUACCGAAGAAAAUGAACUAAUAUCGAAUCCACAAGAAAAAUCCAAUGCUGCUCUACUGGCGGCGGAAGCUUUGGCCAAGCGCAAAGCUAAAGAGGAAGAGGAGGAAAGAAAGCGAAAAGAAGCCGAACGUUUGAUGAUGGAAGAAGCUCAUGCUGCAGUGGAUCACUACAGUGAAUUGGUGCAACAAGUUAGCACAACACGUAAAUAUCACACACCUAUUUAUAUGGAUCAAGAUGAACUCAAGAAAAUAACGGCUAAAGUUGGCAAUGAUGAGGAGGAUGAAGAUGGUGAUAAUGUAGCUUCCAGACGCUCACAUAGCCCCGACAUGGGUCUAAUACCGCCCAUGAGUAAUAAACCCAGACUUUCGAUAUCCGAAAGAGGACAACUUAUGCAUGUACGAGAAACAGCUAGUGAUUUAGCGGUUAAAGAACAGAAACCCAACAAAGAAUCCGAAUCGGAAGAGCAGGAACCAGAAACUCCCAUAAAAACAGAACCACAACAACAGCACAGUUUUACAUCACCCAAUGAUGAUAAAGUAGAACCUGACGUUAUGGAACAACCUUUACAGCUAGAUGAACCAACAGCAAGCUAUGCAGAAGAUGAAGUCAUCACUACCACUACAGUGUUAAGUGAGACUGUGGAAGAAAGACCCGAUUCCCGAGGACGUCCACGUUUAGUUAAAGUUAAACGUAUCAUUAAGAGAAGAGUUCCCUCAAGUACGCGCUCGCGAGACACUUCCCUAAGCCGACCACCCUCAAGUAUAGGAUCUGCGCCUGAAACUCCAAUACCUAGAGCUCUUUCUCGUACACGCCGCACCCUAGAAUCCAAGUCUCCUGGGCCCUCGGGAAGAAAACAUUUACAGCAAAACAAUAACAACUCUAUAGCUAAUAUAGAAAACGCUUUAGUGACCUCAUCUCAUGAAUUAGUGGAGUCGCGUAGUUCUAGCCCCAUCUCGGACGAAGAAGCCCAUGAAAAAGUACGCUCAGCUAUAUCCUACUCAACCGAUAUGGUUCUUUUCGUUGUGGCCUGUUAUGUGUAUCUCUUCAAAGAUGCACGUCUUGUACUGCCAAUAUUGGCUCUAAUGAUUUAUCGCCAGUUGGGAGAAGCCAUCGACAGUUGUAUACCCAGUUGGAUGAAACGUAAAAAACAAUAGUUGUUCGUAAAUGUACUUUUCAUAUGCGUACAUAAACAUAAAGGCGUUUAAAGGUUUAAAUUCCUUUGAAUACAAAACAUUUUUAAUUUAAGUUUAAGUUUAUUUUUAAAUCUGAUGUUUUUUUUAAUUAUUGGGUUUUAAUUUAAUUAUAUAUUGUUCGGUUAAACAAUUUAAAUAUACCUAUACGAUAAUAAUUGUAUUUCUCUGCCCUUUAUUUCAGUUGUUCUUGCCUAGUUUUAUAAGUAUUUGUUUGUGCAUGUCUUUUAAAAUCGGAAGAUAGAAAAAUCUCUUCAGUACAUAAAUUAUAUUUUAUGAUUAUGAUCCUUAUACUAUUUAAAAAGUAAAACUAAAAAUCAUGUCGUAUACGUUUAAACGUAAUAUUUUUUUAAAAUAAAUACAUAUUAUUUUACAAUA